GUUGUGUACCCUGUAGACCUGUCGGAUGCGACCGAUCAAAACAAGCGGUACGAGUACAUUGACUACAACUUCAAUAUGUCCAUGUUCUGGUCACCUUACUUGGUAAAAACAGAGAAAACCAAUCCCAAUGAUGUUACACGCCCUUUCAAGCUAUUUCUUGACGAGUUUGAUGAACAAUGGACUAGCAAAAUCCAAGGUUUCGAUUACGUAAUAAUCUCUGCCGGGCACUGGUUCUUCCGUCCUACCUACUUCUACCUCAACCGCCGCCUCGUUGGCUGCCUCUAUUGUCCUGAGGACAACGUCAGCCACCUGACUUCAUACUUCAGCUAUCGACAGGCAUUCCGAACGGCGUUUCAGGCAAUAAACGACGCGAAUAAUCCCAAGGGUGUAACGUUCCUAAGAACGUUUGCACCGUCACACUUUGAAGGCGGGCCAUGGGAUAAAGGCGGAGAUUGUGCUAGGACAAGGCCAUUCAAAAGGAAUGAGACAGUUUUAGAGGAUUAUAGUUUGGAAAUGUAUAUGAUUCAAUUGGAGGAAUUAAGGAUUGCACAGAAAGCAGGGAGAAGAAAUGGGUUGAAAAUUAGGUUGUUCGAUGCGACAAAGCCCAUGUUAUUGAGACCAGAUGGACACCCAAGUAAAUAUGGACAUUGGCCUGUGCCAAAUGUGACAUUGAUUAGCGAUUGUGUACAUUGGUGUUUGCCUGGACCAAUUGAUUCUUGGAAUGAUUUUUUGCAAGAAUUGAUGAAAAGGGAAAUACAGAAUAAUAGAUAA